AGAUUAGGAAGAUUUUGGUUGAAUAUAAUAUGGGGGAAAAGAAUAGGGAGUUUUUUUUAGGGGUUUAAUAUUUUGCUUGCCUUGUAAUUCAAAGUAUAUCAUCUUGGAAAAAUAUUGCAAGAUUUGGUGAGGAAAUCUGGUCGGAUCUUGCUUUGUGGGAUGUGGAUUUUGGUGGGUCUUUGUUUGCAGUACAAAGCCAUUCAUCUCUUCUCUUCUUCUUCUCUUUCUCCUUCACCCUCCAUUGUUUCCCUUUCAAAAACCCACCUAAUUAACCUUCGUAUUUCAUUUCUCUCUCAAAAAUCCCCUUCUUCUUCUUCUUCUUCUUCUUCUUCCUCUGCUAUGGGAUCUUCUGUUGCUGCAAUGGGCAUGGUCCCCGACUCCAAAUUCCAUGUUCUUGCUGUUGAUGAUAGCGUUAUUGAUAGGAAAUUGAUUGAAAGACUCCUUAAAACCUCCUCUUACCAAGUCACUACGGUUGAUUCUGGGAGUAAAGCUCUGGAGUUUUUGGGUUAUGACCCUGGAAAUGGCUCGAUUCCUUCUGUUUCAUCUAACCAUCACCAUCAUCAUCAGGAAGUGGAUGUGAAUCUUGUAAUUACUGAUUACUGUAUGCCUGAGAUGACUGGCUACGAUUUGUUGAAGAAGAUCAAGGGGUCUACAGCUUUGAGAAACAUACCUGUUGUGAUUAUGUCAUCUGAGAAUGUGCCUGCCAGAAUCAAUAGAUGCUUAGAAGAAGGAGCAGAAGAAUUCUUCUUGAAACCGGUCCGACUUUCGGAUGUCAACAGGCUUAGACCCCACAUGUUAAAAACCAAACUCAAAUGUGACAAACUAGAAAGAACAUCAGAAGACCACCCUGAUUCAAGCCAAUCUCAAGCACUAGAACAACAACAACCACGUGAACAAGAACAAUCACAACCGCUACUGCAGCAGAUCUCGACAUCCCUGCAAGAUCAAGAUCGGAUACAAUCUGUACCACUUCUGCCAACACCACCACAGGAGCAAGAACAGUUGCAGUUACUCCCACCAACACCGCCUCAACAAUCAAACAACAAAAGGAAGGCAAUGGAAGAUGGACUUUCUCCAGAUAGAACAAGGCCUAGAUACAAUGGAAUUACCACCAUGGUGUAGUUAAUAAUGGGAAAACUUUUUUUUUCUUUUAAAAUUUUCUUUUAUUUUUAUUUCUACCCAUUUUCAUCUCAAUGCUGGUUAAUACAGGCUCUCCUUAGGAAUGUAGAGAUCAGAAUGGUUUUUCUGUAUACAUAUUUCUCAUGGAAAUAUUCCCUUCCCAA